AUGUGGACUUUUCUAGGCAUCGCCACUUUCACCUACUUCUAUAAGAAAUGCGGAGACUUCGUCACGUUGGCCAACAAGGAGCUGCUACUGUGCGUCCUGGUGUUCCUGUCGCUGGGCCUGGUGCUCUCCUAUCGCUGUCGCUACCGCCCCGGGGCCCUGCUCGCGCGCCAGCAGAGCGGCUCCCAGUUCGCGCUCCUCUCCGAUAUCCUGUCGGCGCUGCCUCUCAUUGGCUUCUUCUGGUCCAAGUCCCCCCCGGGGUCGGAGGAUAAAGAGCAGCUUGGGUCUAGGAGGCACAAAAAAGGAACCAAUAUUUCAGAAACAACCUUAAUAGGAGCAGCUACCUCUUCAUUGAUACCUUCUCAGAAUGAUCCAGAAGUUAUCAUCGUGGGAUCUGGCGUACUUGGCUCUGCUUUGGCAGCAGUGCUUUCCAGAGAUGGAAGAAAUGUGACAGUAAUUGAGAGAGACUUAAAAGAGCCUGACAGGAUAGUUGGAGAACUUCUGCAGCCAGGUGGUUAUCAUGUCCUUAAAGACCUUGGUCUUGAAGACGCAGUGGAAGGUAUUGAUGCCCAGUUUGUAAAUGGCUACAUGAUUCAUGAUCAGGACAGCAAAUCCCACGUUCACAUUCCUUACCCUGUCUCAGAAAACAGUCAAGUGCAGAGUGGAAGAGCUUUCCAUCAUGGCAGAUUCAUCAUGAGUCUCCGGAAAGCAGCCAUGGCAGAGCCCAAUACAAAGUUCAUUGAGGGCAUUGUGCUACAGUUAUUAGAAGAAGAUGAUGCUGUGGUGGGAGUUCAGUACAAGGAUAAAGAAACCGGAGACAUCAAGGAACUCCAUGCUCCAUUGACUGUUGUUGCAGAUGGAAUUUUUUCCAGGUUCAGGAAAAACCUGAUCUCCAGUAAAGUUUCUGUUACAUCUCAUUUUGUUGGCUUUCUAAUGAAGGAUGUACCACAGUUUAAAGCAAAUCAUGCUGAACUUAUUUUAAGUGAUCAGAGUCCAGUUCUCAUCUACCAGAUUUCAUCUAAUGAAACUCGAGCACUUGUUGAUAUUCGAGGAGAAAUGCCAAGGGAUUUAAGAGAAUACAUGGCUGAAAAAAUUUACCCACAAUUACCUGAUCAUCUGAAAGAACCAUUCCUAGAAGCCAUUCAGAAUUCUCGUUUGAGAUCUAUGCCAGCAAGCUUCCUUCCUUCUUCACCAGUAAACAAACGAGGGGUUCUUCUCUUGGGAGAUGCGUAUAAUAUAAGACACCCUCUUACUGGAGGAGGAAUGACUGUUGCUUUUAAAGAUGUAAAACUAUGGAGAAAAUUGCUGAAAAGUAUCCCUGACCUUUAUGAUGAUGCAGCUGUUUUCCAGGCCAAAAAAUCAUUCUAUUGGACAAGAAGAAGGUCUCAUUCCUUUGUUGUGAAUGUCCUUGCUCAGGCUCUUUAUGAAUUAUUUUCUGCCCCAGAUGAUUGCCUACAUCAACUAAGAAAAGCUUGUUUUCUUUAUUUCAAACUUGGUGGAGAAUUUGUUGCUGGUCCUGUUGGGCUGCUUUCUGUACUGUCUCCGGACCCUCUGGUUUUAAUUGGACACUUCUUUGGUGUUGCACUCUAUGCCACAUAUUUUUGCUUUAAAUCAGAACCUUGGAUUACAAAACCCCGAGCCAUCUUCAGGAGUGGUGCUGUACUGUACAAAGCAUGCUCUGUAAUAUUUCCUCUCAUUUACUCAGAAAUGAAGUACUUGGUUCAUUCAGCCUAAACGAGGGAACUAUUUGUGAAUGAAUAUUUGGAACUCACCAAGUGCUAAGAGACUUUGGAAAAGAAUGUAAAUAGGAUACUACUCUACCACUUUUAAAGUGGAAACUCUUGGACCAACUUUGGGAUUAAGUUGUUUUUGAAGCUAUUUGUAAAUAAAUAUGUAAAUAUAUACUUUAAUUUGCAAUUUCAAAUGAAAGAUAAAAUAAGAUAGAUAUUUAAAAGAAAUUAUUGUUACCAUAAAUUAGUGCUAAUACUGAGGAACUGUGGUUUUUCUUCUGAAUUCAAUAUUUGGGAUAAGUCAUUGUGGGGCAUGCAAAUAAAAUGAAGAAUGAACCCUCA